GUCGUCGUCCGUCGCGCUCAUGAAGAAACUCCGGAUUGACAAAACGUGUGCGUGUUCGAUUGUACGCGGUGAAAAAUCUAAAUUUACGGUCCGCGCCCAUCCCGGAACCGAUCGAAAGUGGUUCCAGCCGGUAGCGGAACACUUCCGGCGUUCGGUGCAUAUAAAGUGCGUUGGAAACGGCGGUGUUUUGGUGGCAGGAUUGGAUCAUUGGAAGCAAGCUGAAUUUGACGAAUAUAUAUAGUGUGAAGUUAGUGCUUCCAAAGUGAAGAAUUUCUUUGUACGAAUCCUACACAAUGUAAACACAAUUUAGUUCGAAGAAGCAAAUCACUAAAGACUUGAAAGUGUGCUGCCUUAGGAAGCAGGCAGAGGAAAUUGUUCGACGGUAGUGGUGGCAAGAAUAGGAAAGGGUGUUUUCCCCACUUGCAAGAAAAGAGAAGCGUAUUAUUAGCAAAAAAGAAGUGAGCUCGAAUUCAAAGUGCUCUGGUACCAUCGGUUUUGGCAAAUGCCUGUUCCUGUGCUUGUGCUGCCGCUGAUGCCAAUUCCAGCCUGGGGCGAAAAGGGGACGAAACAGGACGGCUGGAAAUAGACAGUGCAUCUGGACGGAAUAAACAUAAAUCGAUCAUCGAAGGAGCUUGGAUUUGCGCUGAGAAACUGAAGGAAAUACGGUAGAACAAAUUAUGGACGAUGAAGAUGGAUCCACAGCGGCUCCAGUCGACGAUACCAGCAGUGUAAGCAAUGAAACACAUACUAUCGAUGCCACCGAUAAACCCAUUGAAGAUGAGGUGGAAAAUUCUGAGGCUACUGCACUGGAGCCCAAUAACACACUGCAGGCAGAGGAAAACCCUGACAGCCCGCCUGAGCUUCAGCAACCGGAAGCUGCGAGUGGCGAACCAUCACCAGCCGAACAGUCAACGAUCCCAGACCUUAUCGAUGAAGCAGACCAAGAAGAACCACAGCAAACCGAUGAAGCUGGCCUUGCCGAAAAGGAUGAUUCCGAGAAUGCAGAUUGUUCAGAACAAUUGGUCGAAGAGCCUACUGAAUCAAAUCCAGCUUCGGAAGACAUUGUAUCGAACGACAAUGAAGCAUCGGCGGUACAAGAAGCUGAGGAAGAAUCCCCCGUUGUCGAUGACAAUGCUGAUAGAGAGGAACCAGAAGAAAAUAUGGACGACGCAGCUGAUGCCCCGCCGGCUGACGACAGUCCAGAUAUUGAACAAGAAAAUGAAAAACAACAGCGGUCUCCACCAUCGGAGGAAGACGUUUCAGACGAACCGUUCGCAGAAAAUGACGAACCCGGGGAUGAAGAUGAGAAUGUUCCUGUGCCGGAUGCAAAACAUUCGAAUGGAGAAAAUGACGAGGAAGCACAAGAAGAGGUCUGUGACAAAGCGGAGGAAUCGAAAUCUGUUGCGGACAGUUGUCAUAUAAGGCAUAAGGUUAAUGGGGCGUUGACGAGGCGAUCGGUAGAGUUGGAUCGUGAAGCUGAUACCAUGAAAGCUGUAGAAGAUGUAGAUGACGAAACAACUGAAAACGAGAACGAAGAAGACGAUGAGGAUGCAGCCGAGCAGCAGACAGACAUUGUGAACGAUGAGAAAAGAGUCGAGGAAAAUGAGGAAGCUAAUGUUGAACAUGAACAAAACGAAGAUAUGGAGUGUGAAGAAGAAGGGUAUCAAGCGACUGUGUCGUAUAAAGCGGAAGAGAACGAUGCGGAUGAACAAAUAGAUCAUACACAAAGUCAAGACGAAGACGAUCAGUCAAAUCCUAAGAUGGAACGACGAUUAACUGAUAGUGAAAGAGAAGAUGAGCAAAUGGAUGUCCAAGAACAAUAUGAUGUUCAUUUGGACAAAACUGGUUCAAUGGAGCCUCGAGUGAACGGUGACAUAGCACACGACGACGAAGAAGAGUCGGAAACAGUUGGUCUCAAACGGGCACGAUCGGAGAGUCCAACGGAACACAACAGUGAAAAGCAGGAACCGCUCAGCAAACAGCUUAGGCUAAGCGAAAGCAGUGUUUCGGAAACUAAACCUUCUGAUGCAGCACACAAACAUAGCUACGAGACUGAUCUGUUGCUAGAAGGCGGAAAGUUAGAUCAGUCCAUAGAUUCGGGCAAAUCUUCACUCGGAGACAGCAAUGAACCGGAUGAAGAAGCUACCGCCCAGGCAACCGUAGUGCCAGAACCGUUGGAAGAAGAACCUCAACCAAUAGCACAACCCAAUGGAGAUGAUAACAUUGAUGACGAUGAUGAGUUGGACGAUGAUAAAUCCAGUAGCUCAAGUUCGUCAAGUUCUUCGAGUUCUAGUUCCGAUUCGGACAGUUCUGAUGAAGAACAGAAGGCAGAUGAUGAAGAGCACCGAGAACCUUCCAAUACUCAUCAGGUUGAGCAACCGGAGCCUGAACAGAUAACUAAUGCUCUGGACGAAAACGACAGCAGGUCACGGUUGGAAAUCGACGAGUCACAAUCGGAGGAAGAAGACGACGAAGAGGAUGAGGAGGAAGAUGAAGAUGAGGAGCCAGCGAAGAUAACAAGAAGUGAAGGUUUGAAAUUGUCUAUUUCGCUGAAACGACCACCCGCGGAGGAGAGGCCUCUGGAAGAAGAGGAAAAGUUGCCCCCAGUGAUUAAUUCCAGUUUACCUCCAGUUCCACCACAGCCGGUGGACUUCAGCAACCUUUUCAAUCAGGAAAAAAUGAUAGGCGGUCAUCAAUCAGAGCUUCUAAAGAUAGAUUACAAUAGCAAACCUCAGGUGCACAAUAUCAGCGAUCAGGUGCAACAAGAAUUGGCCAGUAAACCACUUCCAACGGAUCCAACUUCAACAGGAGGUUUCAGUUUGCUGAACAACCAAUUGAAAACAAAUUACGUGGGAGUAGAUUCCACAAACUUUCUGAUGGACGAAUCAUCCGAUACGUUGGAUGAGGAGAAUAGAUUAGUGAUCGCAGAGAAGCAACGACGAGGGCGCAAAAAGGACAGCUCUCCAGUGAAACAGCCUCAAUUACAGCAAAGUUGGCAACAACAUUUGCCAUACGGAGGAAACUACCAACUGGGUAUGAUGCGACUUGGAAUGGCACCGAAAACAAAUGCCAAACGACCACAGCACCCGCAGCAACGGGUACAACAGUCCCUAAUAAGAUCCAUGCAGACCACCAGUAAGCAAUCUCAAAUCCACUUGCCAGUGGCUCCAUCAGUUCCUCCAGCUUCCCAAAUACCUCCCCAAACGGUGCAGCAAUCACUUCUGUCUCAUCCCCAGCCUCAGCAGCAACCUCAAAUGCCUGCUCAGACACAGCCUCCAUUACCACCAGAAAACAAGAAAAAAGAUAAGAAGAAAGUGUUCCUCUGCUCACCGUGUGGAACUCACUACGAGAACUGGAACCUUUUCAAGCACAUGCGGGAGGUGCACAAAAAGUACAUCUGUCUGUACUGCUUAGGCAUCUUCCAGAGUGCCGAUAAGCUGGUGACCCAUCUGGAAGCGAAGCAUCAAGUUCGCAAGAAGCACGUGGCCAGCAUCGACGAGUAUCAACAGCAACAGCAGCAGCAGAACAUGGACACCAGCAAACCGCUGUAUUUGAUGUGUGCUCGGUGUGAACACAUUUUCGAGAAAGAGUCCACCGACGAUGGGGCAGCGAUAGUACAGCACGAUUGUGCGGACUAUUUGGAGCGAUGUGGAAACUGCGGUGAGCUCAAGCAGUCCAAACACAAAUGCGAUAAGAAGGUGGAACAACCGCCUGAGCAAACCAGACUAUUCAGCAACAAUUUAAGUUCUAGCAACAAUAUAAAUAGUAGCGUUAAAAGUAAUCUUAACAACAACUACGACGGCACUAGUGUUAGUAGUAAUUCAACGGCUGUGAUGUUAAACUACGAUAAGCAUACGACUAACGGUAAUAGUACUCACGAAAACAUCUAUCAAGGGAAUAGUCUGCUUAGGACUGGACCUGCACACGCCCCUCCAAACCGAAAGCCACAAAACAAAAAGAUGAAACUCUCCCAUCCAAAUCAGACGCUUAGCCACUUCCAAAAUUUCAACAGUCCCAUUCUUCAAUCGCAACUGCUGAAACCAUUGGAAGCACCCGUACAGCUACCCGCCCCAGUUUCCUAUCCACCCGAGUUGCUGCAGAAUCAGCAGCAACAGUCCUAUCUUCUGCAGCUGCCUCCAGCUCUGGUCGGUUUCAGUCAGAACACUACCACUACCCUGUCGACCAUACCGGCCAGCCUGCUGAACGUGCAGGAAGCACCAACGGAACUACCACCGGUCCCAACGGAGUUGCCACUGUCGGCAAUGGUGGCCCAACAGCAGCAACAGGCCUCUAGGGAAGAAGACGAACAAUUUGAUCGACCUCCGUUGGUGCCAAAGCUGAAGGUGAAGAUUCCGAAAGAAUACUGCACUCCGAUCGAAAGCGAGGAGUCGUCCACCGAGAGCGACUACGAGGACGAAGGAGCUGACCAGGAGGAUGACGAUGAUGACGACGAGGAAGAGGAAGAACAACAGCAGGAGCAUCCUGAGGAACAACAGCACGCCAAAGGCGAUGAGCUCGCGAAUACGAAUGAGGUGGAGGCACCCAUCGGACAUCCAGAGGCGCCGCAACAGCAACAACUACCAGAAGCCCCUGCUGCACCACCAGCCCGAGUUGAGGACGAUGUCAAACUUGACCCGGUCGAGAUGGACAUUGAAGAGGAAGGCGAUCGGCAACCAGUUCAUUUGCCACCAGAGAUGGGUCCAGCUCCUAUGCCGGAACAUCAUCAACCGGCACCGGAACCGAUGGCAGUCGAUGACGAACUUUCACCACCCGCGGAACCAGUCACCGCCCCACCGGCUGAAUCCGAAAUCGCAUCAGAAGCACCAGAGUUGGCACCAGCUGCACCGUCGCCAGUGCCGCCAUCCGAUGGCAUCGUGGUAGCGGAUGAGGAUGCUCAAGUUUUUGAACUAGUCCUAGACGAACCACUUGACAAGAUACACAUAAGAGAUUUUAUCAAAAUUUGUCUCCGUUCGACGGUGCCGUUCUGUUUGUAUUGUAAUCACGCAAGGCGAAUCGCCGUAAAUGGGAAAUAUUUGGCGUUGCAUCUUGUUGCGACGCAUCGCUUCCAAGCGACGGUGAACAGCAUUACAGCCGAGGAGCUUUUGCCGGCCACAAUCGUGCAAAGGUUCAAGGCAUGUUUGGAAGAACUGGAGCCACUGUACUUCAAUCUGGAGACGUUCGAUUCCAGUUGGACGCCGGAGCAGAAGGCCGUCACCUAUCCAAAACAGUUCGAGUGCUUCCAGUGUAGAUUUAUAACGAGGAUACACAAGGAACUGUACCUGCACAAUAGGAAAAUGCAUCAAAAGUCAGUGCUGAUAUGUUUGAUGUGUCGUUCGAACUUCUUCAGCUACAGCGAACUGCUAUGCCACAUGUGUCCGGGAGCUCCGAACAGGCAAAUUGCACUGGAUUGCACUUUCCGCUGUUGUUCGUGUAACAUCGAUGGCAUCCCUUCGGCAUUCCGGUUGAUGGUUCACCUCCGUAAACGACACUAUGCUUGCGAUAUCUGUUUGGAACAGUGCGUGGAGCAAGGUGCUUUGUCGAAUCACGUGUGGAAGCACAAAUUGCACCACCUUUGCUACCGGUGCGGAAUUGCCUAUCGUAACAAGGCAGACAUUUUAAAGCAUCUGUUCUGGAAGCACGGAACGGAGGGUGUGGUGUGCAAGAGGUGUCUGCAGAAGAAGUGGCCCCACGUGUACCACUUCUGCGUCCCUCCGGCGCAGUUUAUCUGCGAGGUGUGUCAAAUGGGCUUCCGAAAGUCUUUGGCUUUGAAGGUUCACCGAAGGUUGCACAACGGAGAGGAGAAGUAUCAUUGCAGCGAGGAUGGGUGCGAGAAGAAGUUCAUUUCGAAGAAGUUACUAGUGAAACAUGUGCAGAGGCACUAUGAACCUCCUCCGGCACCACCGUCUCCGCCGAAGCCGAAAGAACCCACUCCAGAACCAGUGCCACCCCCCGUCGAAGAUGUCAAACCGAAGGAGGAAGACAUCGAGAAAGUUAAGGAAGAAGUGAAGGAUGAAGGAGAAAGCAAAGUUAAGGCCGAAGUGAAGGAGGAGGCUGCGGAGGAGUCCAAAGCUAAUGAAGAAACUCCGAGGAAAAAGAAAAAGAAACGCUCUAAGGAUGACCCGGAGAAGUCACUGGUUGAUCUGAUGAAUCUACCGGCGUUGAAUUUGUCCGAGAGCGACAGUAGUGAUGACUCGGACGCGGAUCAUUCAAAUGCUAGUAGUCGACGAUUCCCAUCUGCUCCAGGUACCAGCAAGGAUGACAAUUCCGGUGACGAAGCAGGAUUGCCGGAGCCAAAGAGAGAGGAAGUGAAGGCGGAAGAAGAUGAAGAUGCCCUGGAAAAAGUGGGAUCAGAAGAGAUUGUGAACAUCUGGAACAACUUCAAAAACUAUCAGGCCAGUCGUGCGAACAGUCGGCGGCCUUCACUUUCGGACGAGGUGACCGAAGAGCAGUUUGUGGAGAAAAUGUUGAAGAGCAAGGUGCUGCACGUGUCACAAUCGGAUCACGACUACUGUAUGAUGUUCAAGAAGGUUUACCCGGAAGUCAAGGCCAGCGAAGCGGGAGAGACGAUUGUGAUCGAUGACGAUGGCAACAUGGAGAAGGGAAAACAGCAGGAAUCGUUGCUAAAGAGUGGUACCCGGGUGGGAAGUCCAACGAAGAAGCAGAAAUCGCCAAGGAAGCGGAAGCCGUCCAAGAGUGGAUCAGAUUCUUCCUCCAGCGACAGUGGCAGCGAUUCAGAUUCGAGUUGCGAAUGCGGAUCAAACUGCAGCUGUAGUUCUAGUAGUUCCGGAAGCAGCAGUUCCAGUUCGGACGAUUCGGAUAGCUCCGAUGAGAACAAUGCGAAGAAGAAGGACGAAAAGAAGAAGAAAGCAGGAGAACUACAGCAAACGAAGGUGGAAGAACCGGUAGCGCCAGUGCAGGAGGAACCACCAGUAGAGCCACCGGAACCAAUCGAUCCGGACACCGUAAUUCACGAAUCGGAUUUGGAAACGGACGAGUCGGAAACGGACGAAGAGUUCUAUGAUGAACACCCGCAGAAGAUGGCGAGUCAACUCUUGGCGGAGAAACGACGCCAACUGAUGCAGCAAACCUGUAUGAGUCCAAUGAGCAGCUUCGGUAUCGUGGAGAACAGUCGCCCCUCAACUCCGUCGCUACCGGAAGAAAUGGUGGCCAAGAAAAAGGUAAAGCUGAAGAAGAGAAAGCGUGAGCGGAAGAUAACAAAAAAGACUCCUCCACCGCUGCUGCUUCAAGAUCAUAUACCAAACAUUCCUCCUGCGUUGAAUUUGAGCCAUGUAGAUCAGUUCUCACCUGCCCCAGCUGCUGUGACGACUCCGUUGACAGCCCCGCCCACAUUGCAUUCAGUAGAGAGCCUAAUGCUCCCUUCGGCAUCGACCACCAACCUGGAUAAUUCGUUUUCACCCGGAUCCGCUUCGAAAACCCCUCGGCUCAGUACCGGAAAUAGUUCCGAAUCAGAUGCGCCCCUAAAAAGAUCUCAACGCAGCCGUAAGCCGAACAAGUUCUACGGCUACACCAGUGACGAUGAGAUUCCGCCGAUUCUGACACCUCUGGUAUCGAAGAAUCCUGAGAAAUCCAUCCUUUCGGUUAUGAAACCUACUCCUCCUCCAAAUCUGGUAUGGAGCAAAGAGGAUCUCCCUUCACCGCCUAAAAUAAAAUCCUCCAAAGCAAAGCCGUUAGAUCCCAGCACUCCUCUGAGCUCACGAUCAGCACCUCCAGCAGCUGCUCCAAGCCCGCAACAAGCACCCCUACAACAACCACCCCGAGUCGACACAACGCGAAUCCCCACUGUUCCGGUGCAUCACGUUAUACCCAGUCCGCUGAGUACCCCGAUGCACAAUGACGCCGACAGCGAUUCCAGUCAAGAAGGCGCCCUUCAAAUCAGCCAAAAACCUACCACCAAGUCAACCCCUCAACGACCGGCGCCACCGCUUCCGAAGCUGAAACUUUCCGUGCCGAAAAAGUCUACCCCAACAGCUCGUGGAACUCCCAAGACUCCUGCGGCACGAAAGCGUGCUCCACCAAAGUCCAAAACUCCCAAAUCCGCCCCUCCCGUACCAACAGCUGCCCAGAACCCACCAGCAUUUCCACCGGCACCGGUUGUGGCCACCCCCUUCCAGCCACCCAUCGUCGAUCCUGCUGCUCCGAAAGUUCCUCCCCUGGGCUCGUUCCCCAGCAUCCAGUCGGAGUUUUUCCCCGCCAACCAGAUCCGCAUCCCGGCCGGGUGGCGGCCCCCUCGCGAGGGCGAAUCCGUCUACUGUUACUGCCGGUGUCCGUACGACGAGGUGUCGGAAAUGAUUGCUUGCGACGGGGACAAUUGCCGGAUCGAGUGGUUCCACUUCGAGUGCGUUGGCAUCAUCAUGCCCCCGAAGGGAAAAUGGUUCUGCCCCGAGUGCAAACUGAAGCAACAAUCGGGCGGAGCAGGAGGGGCACAUAUAGCGGCGAACGCGGAACUGCAGGACGAUUUGCUGGAUUCAAAUUAGAGUUCUUUUUUUUGGCGAUCUGAAUUUGUUCUUUUGUUUGACUUGCUUUUGCAUUGUUGGCAUACACGUUUUAGUUGGUUUUAAUAAAAAUAAAAUCUCAUAUAGUUCAUUGUGAGAUAAAUUAUGAUGUAUAUGUAUAGACUAAAGUAGUUUGCUAGUUCUGUAUACAAGUAAACGCAAAAAUACAAAAGCAAAUAAAUGUAAAAUGAUGAACAUUAAACAGAAACAAUGUUCAAAAGUACAGUGAUUCAGUUUCAUAUGCGUACAUGUCAUUGUUUUCACAGCAAGUUGUUAAAAAACAAUCAAAUGAUGUAUUAAAUUUAAAAUACUUUAUGAAGCAUCUAUUGUUCGACAAUCGUAAACUGCAGGGUGACCAGCGCACCGGGAAAUCGGGAAAACCGGGAAAAAGCCGGGAAUUUCAAAUCACCGGGAGAAAACCGGGAAAAAUACGGGAAUUUCAAUUACCACCGGGAAAAUUGUGCAUACCAGAUAAUAUCCAACACAAUCCCUAUAAAAUUGAUUAGUGGGCUUUUAAUAUAGCUUCAACAUUCGAAUCUCAACCUUGUCAAUAAAAUCAGGGUACAGUAUGUAGAAACAGAAUCUGUAUACAUAUGUUGCCAAUUGGGUUGUUUAGUGAUGAAAAAUUCACAGUUUUUUGUAAGUCUUCUUCUUCUUCUUCAGUGGAACUUUGGAUUCUGGCUCCGGCUAACAUACAAUCAGAAUAUGUAAAAAGCAGGAUACCCCUAAACAAGCCAAUUAGAUAAAUAUUUUAUAAAAACGACGACUUUCAUUAAUUAACUACAUAAAAUGUUAAAACCUUUCAAUGUUGAAGAAUCUUGUGAAUAAUGAUUUUUUCAUAACAUUCCUUGAACAAUUUCGUGUUGCAAAAUACAGUAUUUGGAUGCCAUCAAUUACAUUUAUCUAAGCAAGCUUGAUAUUCGCAAAGCUCUCGACAAUUGCAUUUUUGAUUUUCUAUUAAUUUAAGCUAAAAAUUCCUCCACAUAAUACUUCUAUUUUUAUUGCUUAAGGUAUAUUUUU